CAGCCGCAGACACCUGCGCUUCCUCACUCAUCAGCCAACUCAACCCUCUCCCAGAAACCCGCGCACUGCCUCUGGAGUCCUAUCCAACAGGCACUCGAGCUCUACACUCCCCUCUCUACCAGAACCCCUUCAGCAGUCAUGGCCGACUCUCUCACCGAGGAGCAAGUCUCCGAGUUCAAGGAGGCCUUUUCUCUAUUCGACAAAGAUGGCGAUGGCCAGAUCACCACCAAGGAAUUGGGCACAGUCAUGAGGUCACUCGGGCAGAACCCCAGCGAGUCUGAGCUUCAAGACAUGAUCAACGAAGUUGACGCCGAUAACAAUGGCACCAUCGACUUCCCAGAGUUCCUCACGAUGAUGGCUCGCAAGAUGAAGGACACGGAUUCUGAAGAGGAGAUCCGAGAAGCAUUCAAGGUGUUUGAUCGCGAUAACAACGGCUUCAUCUCCGCCGCCGAACUGCGCCAUGUCAUGACCUCGAUCGGCGAGAAGCUAACUGACGACGAAGUCGAUGAGAUGAUUCGGGAGGCUGAUCAGGACGGAGAUGGACGCAUUGACUACAACGAGUUCGUCCAGUUGAUGAUGCAGAAGUGAGCGAUGACCAAUUUGUUCGUGGAUAAGUACAUGCAAUCGACCACGAGCUUGCGGUCGAGAACUCCUUGCAACGCGUAAAGGAUCGACUUGUUUUUGGAAGGCACUGGUUGCGUAGAGGACUUUUUUGCUUCAUUCCUAUUAACAAGCAAUUCUUGUGAGACUAAAGUUUGAUAUCCUUUAUUCC